AUAGUAUAAAAUCUCCUUCACACAAUCAUACAAAAACAGGAUUUUAUGAGUUAUUUCAUAAAAACACUGAGGAAAGUAUAACAUGUAUGGUAUUUUUAAAUGAGUAAAAAAUCUACUUUACUUUAAGUAAGUAAAAAACAGGUCUUUGCAUUAAAAAAUUUUACUCAAACCCUACAUCUCCUGCUUGCUGGUCUUGAAAAAUGUUUCGUUACAAUAUUUUAAAACUACAAGAAAUUCCAAGAAAAACAAGUUUUAAUAUAGACAGAACCAUGGGUCAGACAUUGUCCGAGCCAGUAACAGCCAAGGAGACAUCGUGCUGUGAGAAUGCUCUCUACAAGGUGGGCUCCAGUUGUAUGCAAGGUUGGCGAAUCAACAUGGAAGAUGCUCACACACACAUACUCUCCUUGCCGGAUGACCCGACCACUCCCUUCUUCGGAGUCUAUGAUGGGCACGGUGGUGCCAAGAUAGCCCAGUACGCAGGCAGACAUCUGCACAAGUACAUCAUCAAGAGGCCCGAAUAUCAGGAGGAGAACAGCAUAGUGGAUGCAUUACAGCAGGGGUUCCUUGCUCUGGAUGCUGCGAUGCAGGAGGAGGAGACACUCAAGGACGAGCUGGCAGGCACCACAGCUAUCUCCAUCAUCAUUAAGAACGAAAAACUGUAUUGUGCGAAUGUGGGUGACUCAAGGGCCAUUGCUUGUAUCGCUGGACAUGUGAAUCCUCUCUCUUUUGACCAUAAGCCGAGCAACGAGGACGAGGCCAAAAGGAUAAAUGCGGCUGGAGGUUGGGUAGAGCUGAACCGGGUCAAUGGUAACCUUGCUCUCUCCAGGGCUCUCGGUGACUUUGUGUUCAAGAAGAAUGAGAAAAAGAGGCCCGAAGAACAGAUAGUCUCAGCUUUCCCGGAUGUGACGGUGAAGGACAUUACUCCUGACUGGGAGUUUGUUGUGAUGGCAUGUGACGGCAUCUGGGACGUCAUGACCAAUGAGGAGGUGUCAGACUUCGUGAGACUGCGGGUGGGCACAGGGAUGGAACCAGAGAGUAUCUGUGAAGACCUGAUGACUCGUUGCCUUGCCCCCGAUUGCCAGAUGGGAGGCCUAGGCUGUGACAACAUGACGGUGGUCAUCAUCUGCUUUCUGAACAACAAACCGUACUCGGACCUCGUAGCCAGAUGUGCCGAGCCCGCCCGCCCCACUUAGCCCUCCACCGCCCUCCACUCCACCCACUCACUGUAAAUUCUUGUUAAUAGUGCAUUGUACAGUACCGUAUGACCACAUUCUUCAUUUUUGUAUAUAAGUAUUGCGAAUUUAUUUUAAUUAUGUGUAUUAUUUUUGUAAUUUUAAAUUGUUUCUUGUAUUUUAACGUAAUGACGACAUCAAAAAGUUUUAUACUAAAAAUUAACAAUAAAGUUUAACUUCUGUAUUCAGAAUUUGAUUUGA